AUGCUGUACUGUCCGCCAUACGCAGCUUUUCUCUGCGUCGCCUCGCUGCUCUGUCUGCUUCCAAUGGCUCCCAUCGACCCGCAUUCCAACACGCAAGCCGGCGAGCCGCUCACCACCUUCGUCGACUUCAAUCUGACCGUCGAUUUCGACAACAAGCAGAUCUCAGGAACGGCUCGAUUAGUGCUAGACAAACCUGCCACGGGGACGCUGAGCCUGGACUCGCGGGAUCUGACCAUUCUCGGCGCCACAGACGCAGCCGGCAACGAUGUGCCAUUCCAGCUGCAUCCACCACAUCACGUGCGCGGAUCGCUGCUCCAGCUCUCCCUGAACUCCAAUGAAGUCACCAUCCGCUACCACACGGGUGCCAAUGCCUCAGCGCUGCAGUGGCUCACACCCGCGCAGACGGCAGGAGGGCAGCACCCAUACGUGUUCACGCAGUGCCAGGCCAUCCACGCCCGCUCCGUCUUCCCCUGCCAGGACACACCACAAGCACGCAUCAAGUACCGUGCGCGAUUGAACAUCCCUGCGGGCCUCCACGCAGUUAUGAGCGCGCAGCACGUGGCCACAGAGCAGACGGCAGACGCCGGCCGCGUGGAGGAGGUGUUUGAGAUGGAGCAGCCCAUCCCGCCGUACCUCUUUGCCCUCGCCGUCGGUGACAUCGCCUCUAAGACUCUCAGCCCGCGCGUGAAGGUGUAUGCCGAGCCAUCACAGGUGGAAGCAGCAGCAUACGAGUUCAGUGAAACAGAGGAUAAGAUCAAGGCAGCAGAGGCCCUGUUCGGCCCGUACGGCUGGGGCGAUUUCAACCUGCUGCUCAUGCCACCCGCUUUCCCCUACGGUGGCAUGGAGAACCCUCGCUGCACCUUCCUCACGCCCACACUCCUCGCUGGCGACCGCUCAUUGGCCAGCGUGGUAGCGCACGAGCUGGCGCACAGCUGGACUGGUAACCUGGUUACCAACGCGGAUUACUCCUCCUUCUGGCUGAACGAGGGGUGGACGGUGUAUGCGGAGCGGAGGAUUCUGGAAGCAACAGAGGGGGAGGAGAAGGCAAAAUUAGAUGCGGCGAUGGGCUGGUUAGACCUGCAGAAGGGGCUUUCACGCUUCACCUCCGAAACGGGCUCAUCCAGCCGUCGAUUCACGCAGCUGGAUCUGGGCAUGAACGAUUUGGAUGAGAUCGAUCCAGACGAGGUGUUUUCCGAGGUUCCGUAUGAGAAGGGAUUUUUCUUCCUCACUCGUCUGGAGAAGGCAGUGGGCCGGCCAGCGUUUGAUGCGUUUAUCACCAAAUACAUCAGCAAGUUUGCCUUCCAGUCCAUCACCACAGCCACCUUUCUCGAGUUUCUGCAAGCAGAGUUACCCCAAGUGAUGGAGAAGGGAGGCGAGAGUUGGGUGGACGUGGAGGAGUGGGUGAGAGGACAAGGAAUGCCGGCCGAGGCGGAGAGUAUUGUGCCGCAGUCUGCCAAGCUGGCGGCUGUGCAGCGGGCGGCUAGAGGAUUUGUUGAGGAUCCGCACUCGAAGUUUGGACAGGCAGAUGCGAGUGACUGGGGCCCUGAUGAGUGGCAGAUCUUCCUUGCCGGCCUGCCCAGAACUCUGCCCGUUGAAACUCUCAUGCGAUUAGACGAGGAGUUUGGAUUCUCUAAGAGCAAGAACGCAGAGAUGAGUGUGGGUUUCCUCACAGUGGCAGCGCAGUCAGGAGCAACACAGUUCCAUCCUGAGGUGGAGGCAACCCUCAUGUCUGUGGGUCGCAUGAAGUACCUGCGCCCGCUCUACACUGCGCUGAUAAAGGGCGGUGCCAAGGACGUGGCUGAAAGGGUGUUUGAAGCGGCCAAAGCCGGGUAUCACCCAGUGGCAUUAGCACUUGUCAGUGGUCUGCUGAAGGGGUGA